AUGCACGUGCCAGGCUUCGACGGAGGCGACUGCUGCGAGUGCACAUGCGUGAGCGUGUACGACGACGACUAUUCUUGCUCAAGCACCGACUCCGGAUUUGCUUGCGUCGACCCGACUGCCCCCUGUGUGGACGACGAUGACAUCACCAUCGAACAAGCGCUUAAUUGCUUUCCUCGAGAGUUUGGGGACGGCUGGUGUGAUCAGGAGAACAACAACGAGAUCUGCGGCUACGACGGCGGCGAUUGCUGCGAGUGCACGUGUGUGAACGCUUGGGAUGACGACUACUCUUGCGCGGCAAACAGCGCGUGCAUCGACCCCUCGGCGCCGUGUGUUGACGACGACGACGUUACUGUCGACAUGGUCGAGAACUGCGGGUACGUGGGUUCUGUGGGCAAUGGAUGGUGUGACGAGGAGAACAACAACGAAGGCUGUGGCUACGACGGCGGCGACUGCUGCGAGUGCACUUGCCAGCCUCUGGACACAGACGACGGGACUGACGACUACUUCCAGAACGGCUGCGGCAACGGCUUCGCCUGCAUCGACCCCAACGCUCCCUGUGUCAACGACGACGACAUCACCCUCGACAUUGUCGAGAACUGCGACAGCGUCGCUGUGGGCAACGGCUUCUGUGACAUGGACAACAACAACGAAGCUUGCGCUUAUGACGGUGGCGACUGCUGCGAGUGCACGUGCGAGGACCAGCCGAACCAGGAGUGCGGCAGGUGGAGUGGGUUCGCCUGCAUCGACCCUGAAGCACCCUGCGUCGAUGAAGACUCCUUCACCGUGGACAUGGUCGAGAGCUGCAAGUACCCGGGUAGCUUUGGCAACGGCUGGUGCGACGAAGACAACAACAUCGAGGAGUGCGCGUACGAUGGCGGCGACUGCUGCGAGUGCACCUGCGAGGUACGCGGACCCUAG